GAUUGCAGCGCUCUGCGUUUCCGCGUUAGCAGCGGGGGGGAAACCAGCAGAGGGGAGGGAAAGGAGCGCGGCGAGAUUGGCCAAAUCUAACCGGAUUACGCCUGCCCGUGUCGCGAUUAAAAUGAAAAAGAAGUGAGAUUCGAGCCGGCGGGCCGUGUUUAGGAAACGAGCGCGGGAUUAUGACACGGGACGGGAUGACAACACUGCCUGACAUGUGAGGCGUCGGGACGAAUACAACAACAGUGCGCUUGUGUGGCUGUCUCCGCCGCCGUCUGUGUACGCUCGCUCUGUCGAUGCACAUUUUGCAUUCGUUUCGCAUUCGCCGGAGGCAACAUGAAGAAGUUUAAUAUCAGGAAGGUGUUGGACGGUUUGACUGCGGCGUCCUCUUCCUCCUCCGCCGCCGCCGCGUCCCCUCACUCGGGAAACAGGGAGAAUGACAUGAUUCAGGAGACUCUGCAGUCAGAGCAUUUCCAGCUCUGCAAGACAGUGCGACAUGGCUUUCCCUAUCAACCCUCCUCCAUGGCUUUUGACCCUGUGCAGAAAAUUCUGGCUAUUGGCACACAAAAUGGAGCCCUGAGACUAUUCGGCAGAGCAGGAGUGGAGUGUUACUGCCAGCAUGAGAGCGGAUCGGCUGUCAUCCAGCUGGAGUUUCUUGUCAAUGAAGGGGCGCUGGUUAGUGCUUUGGCAGAUGACAGUAUUCAUUUGUGGAAUCUGAGGCAAAAGCUUCCAGCCAUCCUUCAUUCUCUUAAAUUUAAUCGGGAGAGGAUCACGUUUUGCCAUUUGCCAUUUCAAAGUAAAUGGCUGUAUGUGGGCACGGAAAGAGGGAACAUUCACAUUGUCAAUGUGGAGUCCUUCACCCUCUCAGGCUAUGUGAUCAUGUGGAACAAAGCCAUUGAACUUUCCUCAAAGACUCACCCUGGUCCUGUAGUUCAUAUCAGUGAUAACCCUAUGGACGAAGGAAAACUUUUAAUUGGUUUCGAGUGUGGCAUAGUUGUGCUGUGGGACUUGAAAUCGAAGAAAGCUGACUAUCGCUACAACUAUGAUGAGGCGAUCCACUCUGUGGCUUGGCAUCACGAGGGGAAACAGUUUGUGUGCAGUCACUCAGAUGGCACGCUUACCACAUGGAAUGUACGCGCUCCUGCCAAGCCUGCCCAGAUCAUUACACCGCAUGGUAAACAGCCCAAGGAUGGAAAGAAGCCGGAGCCAUGCAAACCCAUCUUGAAAGUGGAGUACAAAACUACCAGGGCAGGGGACCCAUUCAUGAUACUGUGUGGAGGUUUGUCAUAUGAUACAGUGGGUAGGCGAGCCUGUCUGACUGUGAUGCAUGGGAAAAGCACUGCAGUGCUGGAGAUGGACUACCCCAUAGUGGAUUUCCUUACGCUGUGUGAAACCCCAUAUCCAAACGAUUUCCAGGAGCCUUAUGCGGUUGUUGUCCUGCUGGAGAAGGAUUUGGUUGUCAUUGACCUUGCACAGAUUGGGUAUCCGAUCUUUGAGAACCCGUAUCCUCUGUCCAUCCAUGAGUCUCCGGUGACCUGCUGUGAAUAUUUUGCGGACUGUCCAGCUGAAGUCAUUCCUGCACUUUACUCAGUGGGCUCCAGACAGAAGAGACAGGGAUUCAGUAAGAAGGAAUGGCCCAUAAGUGGAGGUAACUGGGGCCAGGGAACACUAAGUUUCUCAGAGAUUAUCAUCACUGGGCAUGCUGAUGGAUCGAUCAAGUUUUGGGAUGCCUCAGCAUUGAUGCUGCAGGUUUUGUAUAAGCUGAAAACGGCAAAGGUGUUUGACAAGCCCCGCGGCAAAGAGGAGAAAUCCAGCACUGAAAUUGUGGAUGAAGAUCCGUUCGCCAUCCAGAUCCUGUCCUGGUGUCCAGAGAGCCGAGUGCUUUGUGUGGCUGGAGUAUCGGCUCAUGUCAUAGUCUACAGGUUCAGCAAACAGGAAGUCACCACUGAAGUAGUUCAGCUCCUGGAGGUGCGUAUGCAGUGCGAGCUGAAUGAAGUGGAGUCUCCCGAGGGCGGAGGCGAGCAAGCGUCAGCCGUUUCCACCCCAGGAACCUCAUCCAGCCCCCAGACCAGCCUGCCUCAGUCCCACCCCUCCACCAGCAGCAACAACUCAUCUGACGGCCUGCGAGAUAACGUGCCCUGUCUCAAGGUCAGGAGUUCUCCUCUCAAACAGUCUCCAGGUUGCCAGGUGGAGCUGCUCAUUCAGCUGGUGUGGGUCAGCGGGGAGCCGCCACAACAGAUCACCAGCCUGGCUGUCAACUCUGCAUAUGGCCUAGUUGCUUUUGGCAAUGGUAGUGGACUUGCCGUGGUUGAUUACCUUCAGAAAACCCUGCUUCUGAACGUGAGCACAGCUGAGCUGUACGGCUCCACAGAUCCUCAUCACAGACAACCACGCUCACCCCGCAAAACCAGACAGCUUUCGGCAGGUCUUUGUGAUGGUAAUGAUGCAUCAGCCGCACCAGAGGAGAGAUGCAAAUCACCAACUUCAGACUGUGUUGUUGCUAUAGGCUCCGGUUCACCGUGCAAUUCUGAUGAAGACAGCAAACAAAAGUUCAUUGACAAGGUGAAGUCCAAAAGCAAGCGGAUAUCCAAGACUGUUGCCAGUGACUUUGCUAAGAUAUCCCGGAAAAUUAACAUGAUUGCUGAUCAGAAAGAUGAAAGGAGGUUGCGGCGUUACUGCUCUCUCCAUGUUAAGAAACAGCAGAGUUCAGUGAAGGAAACGAAGAAGAAACGUGCAGCGUCUUUCCGUGAGACCUCUUUCUGUGACCCCCACGCCAGGGACAACUCGUUCAGCCGCUCACGCAGCUCCAGUGUGACCAGCAUUGACAGAGAGUCACGCGAGGUCAUUUCCUCUUUCUACUUUUGUGACUCCCUGUCCAAGAAGAGCGAGACUGUGGCCGUGCCCAGCCUGUGGGUGGGCACCUCAUUGGGUAGCAUGCUGGCCAUCGCCCUCACUGUGCCCUCCACACCAGACCAGAGGAUGCAACAGCCUGUGGGCGUCUCUUUCUGUGGUCCAGUAGUGCGCUUGAAGGGAGCCAUUUUGCGCAUGGCCCAGCUGGAUGCCAGCGGGACCCUUCUGCCCCACGUUUACGAGUCCUGGUAUGAGCCCAACGCCCCUGAGGAGGAGAGAGAACGGCCACGGAGACGCCGGCCCACCUCGCCUCCUUCAUCUCAGGAGAGCCCGGACUGUCAGUACGCCGUGGUCUGCUCAGAGAAGCAGGCUAAGGUGGUGGCGAUGCCCUCCCAAAACUGUGUCUACGAACACAACAUCACAGAGACCUCCUUUGUGCUUCGAGCAGAUGUGGUGACGAUGACUGCAGGGGUCGGCAUCUCCUGCUUCUGUGCCAAUGGCCAUAUCAUGACCCUCAGUUUGCCCAGCCUGCGGCCACUGCUAGAUGUGAACUACCUUCCCCUGACAGACAUGAGGAUAGCAAGAACCUUCUGUUUCUCAAACCAAGGCCAAGCCCUGUACCUCACAUCGCCGACUGAGAUCCAAAGAAUCACCUAUAGCCAGGAAACCUGUGAUAACCUGCAGGAGAUGCUUGGAGAGCUGUUUACUCCAGUGGAGACGCCAGAGGCUCCAAACCGAGGCUUCUUCAAGGGCUUAUUUGGAGGAGGGGCCCAGUCCUUAGACAGAGAGGAUCUGUUCGGAGAGGUGGCUGCCGGUAAAGCUUCACGCAGCCUGGCGCAGCACAUCCCAGGUCCAGGUGGUAUGGAGGGCAUGAAGGGGGCCGCGUCCGGUGUGGUGGGGGAGCUGGCACGGGCGAGGAUAGCUCUGGACGAGAGAGGACAGAAACUAGGCGAGCUGGAGGAGAGGACAGCAGCCAUGAUGGCCAGCGCCGACUCCUUCUCCAAACACGCUCAUGAUAUGAUGCUGAAAUACAAGGACAAGAAAUGGUACCAGCUCUGAGGUCCCUGCAGGGAGUCGGCGGACCUUCCUAUGAAGACAGCAGAUCCAUCAUCUCUCCUCCGUUUCUUCCUUCUCUUCCUGUAUCUUUUCUCUCUCUGUGAUGUCCAGAGACUGCCACUCGCGCUCAGCACAACGUCACGCGGCAUUACCUCGAGCUGAGGAGCUGCGGAAAGACAGAGGAGACGGGAGGGGAAGGAACGGGACAGGCCAAACGCAUCAGGGCGGGAUUUUCCUUCCCUUCUCGGUGGCAAUUGAGUUUCCUCUCCUGAAAACAAAGCCGUGGAUCUUGUCUUGGGAGAGGAGGCCCAUCACCGGUGCUGCCCCUGUCUUAUACCUUCAUCCGCCACGCUGUCAUUUUCACUGCCAUUCUGUCUGCAAAGAAACUACAGAAAGGACGUUUUGGGAAAGGAAAGAUUUAAGAUGAACGAAAUGACAAAAGAAGGUCUAAUGUCUGCAGCAUUGCCAAGCUUAAUGCUUCUGAUAAUCUGUCACUAGAGCAAGGAUAGGUUGCAUGUCUAGUGAUUUAAUUUAGGAAAUUAGUGCUUUUUCUUGUUUUUGGAAUCGGGAUGAAUCUCGUCUAGCUAAUAUUUCACCCCAAACUCAAUAUUUUGCAUAAAGAAAACCUAUUUUUAAGUUCUUUCAAGCGAAAUAUUCGGUCGAAGCAUAACUAGAUUUCACGAGAUUCACCCAGUAAUCAUGUUAGCUAUGGAAAAGGCCGGCUUGUCUUACGCGAGGUGUGAUGACGUACCAUUUAAUUUCACCUCUAAAGGGCUGGAAGUUGCUGUAUUUAACACAUAUCAUGUGAUUAUUUUGCCAUAUGAAAUUGCAGACGGGCUUGGGCAGCAAAGCUGAUCUGAUCAUGCAUCAUUUUUGUUGUUCUUGGUUUACACUGAUCAGGUCUCAAAAGAGCUUUUAGGGAAGAGCUCUGACUUUGACGUACACUGGAGAAAGAUGUUCAUUUUAAGUAUGUAUAAAGAUCUAAUUAGCCUGAAUGUCUAAAAACGUGUCUGGCUCAUAUUUCACCCCGACAUGGAAGGAAAAAAUAUAUUUAGCAUGAAGACACAUACGUUUUUGUAAGAUCUUUUGUUUGCAUUGUGCUUGGGAAAAAAACACUGUAAUAAACUUUUUUAUUAUUAUUUAAGCCAGCGUAAAUUAAAGAGAGCAUAUACCACUAUGAUAUAUAAAUAUUUAUCAAUUUAAAUGUUUUUUAACAUUUUGCGAAAUGUAUUUAUUUUUGUUGUUUCGUUACGGAAUAAAGACGUGCCUAAUUAUUCACAGUGCAAAAAAAUAGGUUUCGUUUUCGGUAACUAAUUUCUUGGGGCGAAAUAUGACCCAGACGUGCUUUUUUUUUUUUUAAAGGUUUCACCGCUAGGCAUAGACGCUGAAUAUUUGCUGGUUCUGUACAAACAGAGAUCUGGAGCACGUAAAAAAUUAUUUUUGAUCUGCAGGAGCAGGAUAUUUUUAUCGCGAAGGAGUGAGAGUCGAGAAAGCGUGAGGCAUGAUCUUGAUUAUGUGCCUUGUGAUGAAAGCCGUCUGCUCUCCGGACGCGGGGGACACCGGAGGAAUGUGCCGAGAGUACCGAUUCUUCAUAUGCAAAACAGGUUUCCCAUGAUGCAACUGCUCCCGGACGAGGAAAUCUCGAGGCUUAUGCGAGAUUCAGUACAGUAACCGGUGACUUCCUCCUUCUGAAGUACAUGCCGGAUGGAUUUCUCUGUGUUUUCUAAAAAGCCUUUUUGGGAUGGACUAAUGCAUGAGUUUGUCAUCCUCACAGAGAGGUGAAUAUAUCUAUCUCUGUGUUCGUUGCUGCAGUGGAGGCGACCACUAAAUGUUCGAUGCAACUCCAUACUCUCGAUCAGCGGCCCACGGACGGGCGUUACCUUCUGCCUUUGCUUUGCGACCCAUGAAUAUAUGCUAACCUCGACUCGUGCGCGUAUACGUGUGUCCGUGAACAUACAUGUACGCAAGAAUAUGUGUAUGCUCGCGUUUAUAUAAACUAAAGAUACGAUAUAUUUGAAAGCGUAUGUUGGGAUGUUUUCUUUAAGCGUGUUUUCUUAUUUACGAGGUGCAAGAAAUCGCUGCUAUAUUUGUGUUUGAAAUUAGGAGCGACUGUCGGAUCUGUUGGCGCUUGUUGUUUUCCUAUCAAAGAGAAAGCUCUCCCGAAAAGGAGGUUUUGCUGAAAACGUACUCCUCGUCGAUAGGCCGUGCGAGACGCAGACGAGAACGUUUCUUCACGGGAACGGGUUUGAAGUACGUUAGUGAAUGGGUGCCGUCGGAAUGAGUCCAAACGGCUGAUAAAAGCAUUACAGUGAUCCACAGUACAGUCUAUUAAUUAAUGCUUUAUUAAUCAUACAUCUGCGUUUUUAAUAAACAAAUGGGUUUUUAACUAUAAACCUUUGAUUCUUGCAAAAAAAUAAUAAUAAUAAUAUUUUUUCCACUUCCACUGAAUAAGUCCAUUCUCGUGUUCUUUGACAUCAUGUUUGUUUUGAGCUGUUUUCACUUAAAGCACCUCAUUUGUGCGUGUUUUUUUCCUCCUGAUUCAGGCGAGGCGACUUUUUAACUGGAGAAAGCUAAAUUGUGGAUUCGUAUUUUAGCCAGAAUUUCGGAUUCGUUUCUUAAUCAAUAGCUCCAGAGGACCAGAAGACGUGUGAAUUAUAUAAGGAUUAUGUUUUUAUCAGCUCCUUGAAAAUCUCGUUCCGACGGCACCCAUUCACUGCAGAGCAUCUAUUGGUUUCGUUUUUUUUUUUUUUUUCUUACUCCAUCUCGGUCGGACCGAGGAUGACUAGGCUUUCAGCAAAAUUUCAUUUUCGGGUCACCUAUUAACGUAAAGGCUUUUCUGUUUUUGUUUUCGCUUUUUUUUUUGUUUUGUUUGUCACAUCGCUGCCAAAUGUUGUAAAUACGAAUCUUUCUGAAGACAAACUUGAGAGUGCUGAGGCAGUCAAAGUCACUGAGGAUGGUGGCCGUGAUCCGUCUACGCUCCAAAGAGAGGCUUUGCCGUGAAAGCUGAUCUCACAGAGAGGAGAGGAUGUUCCUUAUCAUUUAAAGCAUGGAUAGACCGGCAGAUAGCUCGCUACUACCUUCUGCUGCCAUGCCGUUUGUGUAAAUAUCUACCAAACUUGCUAAUUCCAACGUCGACGAACUGAAAAUCUAAUCCAGCUACUCUGCUUCAUAUAUUUUUCUUUUCUACGAGCAGUUGUGUGGUUUUGCACUAUGUGUUUUAUAUUGCGAUGACAUCGAAGUCAUUUUAUUAUUAAUAUUUUUGUAGUUGGUGUCGGUCUUUAUUUUGGACGUUCUCGUUUCUUUAAGAAGGACCAAACCUAUGGACGCUAGGCUCAAUAAAUGCGGCUCACGCUCUCAGAUUUGUCCUCAUCGCCAGUUUAAUGAUAUUCUAAGAUAUUUAUACAUACAUGACUUACUUUUAAUUUACAGAUGGAUACUUUUAUUGUAUUGUUUGAAAGGAGAGGGUGUUUGAAGAUGAACUGGCUAUAUAUAUAUAUAUAUAUAUGAGAUCUUUUCUGGUGAGCCAUCUGCUCGGUCGUCUCUGAAGAGGUAAAGACGAGCUGAAGGACCUGAAUCCCUGGCCAUCUCCGUGCACCGUUUGUCCUCUGAUUUCUUUUGCACAAAAGGCAGCAUGAAACCGUGUUUACAAACUUGAAACCUCCAUCUCCAUCCUAUUUCGCCUCUUUUUUCUUUAGUCCCGCUGGUGAGAUGUUUUGUGAAGGAACAAAUCACAAGUAUUUACUCUCUAUUGAUGAUUAUUUUUAAUAGUAUACUCGCAGCGCUGUUACUUGAGUUUCCCUGAACAUCACAGCUGUACUCCAGAAGAAGAGAAAAAAUGCUGUCCUGAAAAGGGUCGGUUGCGGGGUUUUCUCAUCAUAGCCGACUUAUUGUACAGUUUUAUUAUUCGGACUUUCACAUGAAUGUUUGUCUCAAUCUGCUGCCACCCAACGGUUUAGGAAACAUGUUUAUAGACAUAACUGUGCAAUGGAAAAUAAAUGUAACAGAAAGAUUU